CGUCUCGGUGAGCAACUCUCUCCAACGUGUCGCUGCGCGUGCAUAGUCAAUACCUUUGCUUAUACGGUGCCUUCACUCUAUCCCUCCGCUCUGCAUGUGCUGCCUCAACGCAUGAGAAAAAUGGCUGAGUCGGAAUGGGUUGAGAUGGGGGAAGGCAGGAAAAAGUUCCACGUGAAUCCCGUGGACGACCAGAACCUGGACCUGGACGCUCAACAUUCCCAAGAACGCUCCGUGAACGGCAUCCCCCUGACGUCGACAUACGACACUAGGUACCUGAAGUCUCUGCGUCACCUGACGCGGGAAGUAUUUCCAAGGGAGUACCAUUACAGGAACAUGCAGAGCAUCGAGGCGGAGUACCAGCGUCCGACCUUGGAUGAGCUCCAUGCUGCCACUGUCGUCCACAAACCCAAGGAGCUGGACCCUCCGGAGGAAGAAGGACCCAGGAAGGGCGUCAUCAAGUUCGGAUGGCUCGAGGGCGUCUUUAUGCGGUGUUUGUUGAAUAUCUGGGGUGUGAUGCUGUUCCUCCGACUCUCCUGGGUCAUGGGUCAGGCUGGCAUCAGUGAGUCCUUGCUUCUCGAAGGCCUUACAAUCAUCACCCUUUCCAACAUCGUGACCAUCAUCACCAGCAUCUCCAUGUCUGCCGUCAGCACAAACGGACAGAUCAAAGGAGGUGGGAUCUACUACAUGAUCUCGAGGUCCUUGGGCCCCCAAUUUGGCGGGGCCAUCGGACUCAUGUUCACGAUCGCCAACAGCGUCGCGUGCGCCAUGUACGUCAUCGGAUUCUGCGACUCCCUGCAGGACCUCCUCAAGUACGAGUUCGACGGGGCGAAGAUCGUGGACGGGGGGGACAACGACACCCGGAUCAUCGGCGUCUGCACCAUCAUCGUCAUCAUCGGCAUCGCCUUCGUCGGCAUGGACUGGGUCACUCGGACCCAAGUGAUAUUGCUGGUCGUGUUGGUCGCAUCCCAGGUAGACUUCAUCGUCGGUUCUUUCCUGGAGCCAUCCGACGAGGCCAGGGCCAAGGGCUUCGUCGGCUACAGCGCGGAAGUGGCGAAACGGAACUUGUAUUCGAAAUACGGACCGUCGGGGAUCUCGCCGAAGGACCAGGACUACUUCAGCGUCUUUGCCGUUUUCUUCCCCGCCGUCACGGGGAUCGUGGCCGGCGCCAACUUGUCCGGAGAUCUCAAGAAUCCGUCGAGUGCGAUCCCGAAAGGGACUCUGGGAGCCGUCUUCCUCACCUACCUCACCUACGUGGGUUACGGAGCGAUGAUCGCCACUUGCACGGUCCGGGACGCGACGGGGGACGUCCGGGACCUGGGGAACGCCUCGCUCCUCGACGCCCCCGCCUACAACUGCACCGCCCGCGACUGCGACUGGGGGAUCAGGAACAACGGCCAGAUGAUGACGCUGAUAGCGGCGUGGAGUCCAUUGAUCUACGGCGGGUGCUUCGCGGCGACGCUCUCGUCCGCCAUCGCCAGCCUGGUCGGGGCUCCAAGAGCUCUGGCCAAGGAUAAGCUGUACCCGGGGAUUUACUUCUUUUCCGUCGGGCACGGGGCCAACAACGAUCCCAUGAGGGGAUACCUCGCCUGCUUCGUUCUUGCCGUCGCCUGCAUCCUCGUCGUUGCGGCUCUCCAAGUGAACUUCAUGUUGGCGGCCUACGGGCUCAUCAACUUCUCCGUCUUUCAUGCUUCCACCACGAAAUCUCCGGGCUGGAGACCUUCCUUCAAGUUCUACAAUGCUUGGGUGAGUCUGUUGGGGACGCUGUUGUGCGUGGUGGUGAUGUUCAUGAUCCAGUGGGAGGUGGCCCUCGCCACUUUCGGUGUCACCAUGGCCCUUUACCUCUACGUCAGCUACAGGAAACCAGAUGCGAACUGGGGCUCGAGCACGCAGGCUCAGGUGUACACGAAGGCGCUGAAAGGCGUGCACGAUCUGAAUAAAACGGCGGAGCACGUGAAGAACUACCGGCCGCAGCUGUUGGUUCUCUCGGGUCCGCCCAGUGCCCGUCCGCCGCUGCUGGAUUUCGUUAAUCUCAUCACUAAGACCAGCUCGCUCCUGGUCGUUGGCAACAUCGUAAAGGGUCCGCUGAAGCACGCCGUCCGGAACAAUAUCCUUCGUCAAGGAUACUCUUGGCUUUAUAGGCACAAGAUCAAGAGUUUCUACAACGUAGUAGAAGAAGAUAACUUUGAAUCUGGUGCCAAGGCUCUACUUCAAUUGACGGGACUGGGGAAACUUCGUCCCAACAUGCUCGUAUUGGGGUACAAGACCGACUGGCAAAAAGUCGAUCCCAUCGACACUCUUCUGUACUUCAAUGCCAUCCACGUUGCGUUCGAUAAUAACCUGGCCUUGGGAAUCCUGAGAGUCCAGGAAGGACUGGAUUAUUCUGGAAUCGUCGAGGAGGAUCCCAAGCUCGUAGAGAAGACAGAGGUGCUUCUUAAACCCCUUGCAGAAUCCGAGGGGAAGAACGAGAGCAAGAUCGAGAACUGCCACGAAGCAGGAUGCCGGAAAGAGAGCCACUUCUCCUCCGUGUUCGCUCAGAAGAGGAGGUUGUCGAGGAGGUUGUCGCAGUCGCACGUGUACCGCGGGCCGGGCGGGGCCGCGCUGCCCAAGUCGGUCUUGAGCAGCCUCACCCGAUUCCAACAGAAGCAGAAGGGAGGCCGGAUGGACGUGUGGUGGCUGUACGACGACGGGGGGCUCACGAUCCUCCUCCCGUACAUCUUGAACAAGAGGGCCCAGUUCUCCUCCGCCUCCCUCCGCAUCUUUUCCCUCACUUCCACCAAGGGAGAGCUGGAGCACGAGCAGAGGAGCAUGGCGGCGCUGUUGAGCAAGUUCCGGAUCGACUACAGCGACGUGGUCGUGAUCCCGGACGUCCAGAAGAAGGCCGCCCGGGAAACCCGCCAGGAGUUCCGUGCCCUCGUCGAGCCCUUCAUGGAGAAGGCGAACGAGAACCGAGCAGAAGGUUCUUACAUAAGCGAGACGGAGCUGACUGCGAACGAAGAGAGGAACAAUCGGCACAUGCGACUACGGGAACUCCUGCUGCACCACUCGCUCGACGCUGCUCUCAUCGUCAUGACGCUGCCGAUGCCUCGGAAAGGGAUAGUGUCCGCUCCUCUCUAUAUGGCCUGGUUGGAGACCCUGACCGAGGGCAUGCCGCCGUUCCUUCUCGUCAGGGGGAAUCAGACCUCCGUCAUGACUUUCUAUCAUUGAGGGGUCGUCGACGUCUCGGCGGUGCCACGGGGAUGUUCCUUCUCCGAAACUCUUCUCCGGCCUUAAAUUUAGUGCUAGUGAAACCGGUUUUCCGACGAGAAUUUUCUUCGGCGUUCGUUUCGUUUCCGGUGUCGUUCGUGUCACACUUCCGUCCCAGUGAUCGAGGAUGGGAUGAAACCGAUGCGAACCGCGUUCCGUGGUCGCGGUCGUCCUUCCAGUUCCAGAUCGUACCUGAUGCCUUUAACAGCAUCGAGCUUCGCAUUUCCUCUGUACCAGAGUGUUCUCGUAUGGCUUCUGAUCCUCGGGGGGAGCAGCAACGACGAAGGACUUCGAUAGGAACUGUUGAGGCUGCAAGGGUCGGAAUGCCACGCAUUCCAUGCCCGACACCGAUGCGAACCUUACGGGUUCCCAUGUACAAAAGCUGCUCAAUCGUUCAUUCCCCUUUGGGAUGGAUCAAAUGGAGUUAAAGAAAAUAUCUUCCUUGUUUGAAUUUUGCACCCGAAAUCGUGACGGUGCGAGUAUUUGCCCCCCCCCCCCACACACAUGCCCCCCAUUUGAGUUUCUGCCCCC